CACCUUUUGGUUCUAAUUACUCGUUAGUCUAUCUCUCUGUUCUCUCCAGAAGCCAAAACUAACAACGUGUUCGUUUUAUCCAGUCCACCUCCUGGACAAAGAUCCAGUCAUAAGGAGCCACGUGUCAGUGCCAUAUGGACAACUCCAACUUCGCUUCAAGGAACUUGCAAAGCUCAAAUUCACAGUAGCCACCAAUUCCUCACCUGCAGGCAAAGCCUCACAUUCAAAUCGUGAUCUGCACCGUCAUAUCCACAUCUAACGGUCCACAUUAUCUCCAUCACCCAAACAUUACAAAUUUCCCUCCACACAGCACUACUUUACGUGGUGCUGAUCCGUCAACUUGAUUCCGAUGGCUUCCUCCGUAGUUCUAACCACCGUCUUUUCCACUGUUCCUUCUCUCCGACCCUCCUCACACCACCACCCAACUCCAUCACUCUCCUAUCCUCUAAAACGCCACCGGUUCACUCCGCCGCUCCAACACUCCUUCAACCUCAGCACCAAAUACAAUUGGAGCAGGAAAAAACUAUCCAAUUUAAGUAGUACAGUCAGAGCUUCAACUGCCGGAGCUUCUGUAAAUCCAGCACCGGCACCGGCAUGGCAAGGAGCAGCCAUAAAGCCUCUCCUAGCUUCCAUAGCCACUGGAGUUAUCCUCUGGUUAGCUCCCGUCCCCAGCGGCGUGUCCAAAAAUGCUUGGCAGCUGCUGGCAAUUUUCCUGGCCACCAUCGUUGGAAUCAUCACUCAGCCACUGCCACUCGGUGCGGUGGCGCUGUUAGGCCUCGGCAUCUCGGUCCUCACAAAAACCCUGACGUUCGCGGCAGCGUUCUCAGGUUUCGGCGAUCCCAUCCCCUGGCUCAUCUGCUUCGCUUUCUUCUUCGCCAAAGGAUUCAUCAAGACCGGCCUUGGAAACCGCAUCGCGUACCAGUUCGUCUCCCUCUUCGGUAGCUCCUCGCUAGGGUUAGGUUACAGCCUGGUGUUCAGCGAAGCCUUGCUUGCGCCGGCGAUUCCAUCGGUUUCAGCGAGAGCCGGCGGGAUCUUCCUGCCGCUAGUGAAGUCUCUGUGCACCGCGUGUGGUAGUAACCCCGGCGACGGAACAGAGAGGAGGCUAGGUGCGUGGUUAUCGUUGACGUGUUUCCAGACUUCAGUAAUAUCUUCGGCUAUGUUCCUGACGGGGAUGGCGGCUAACCCUCUGUGCGCGAAUCUGACUCAAAGCUCAAUCAAUCAAACAAUUGGUUGGUUGGAUUGGGCCAAAGCCGCCAUUGUUCCAGGUUUAGUGUCGUUGGUGUUAGUCCCUUUGAUAUUAUACAUCAUUUACCCGCCAACUCUGAAAUCAAGCCCCGAUGCUCCCAAGCUUGCGCGUCAGAAGUUGCAGAGCAUGGGUCCUAUGUCUUCUAAUGAGAAGAUUAUGACUGCUACCUUACUUCUUACGGUGGGACUUUGGGUGUUUGGAGGAGUUCUUAACAUAGAUGCUGUAACUGCUGCGAUUCUUGGAGAUACUCUCACUUGGUUUGCUGCUCUCAUUGCAAUGGCUGCCUACUUAAAUAAAUAUGGCCUCAUUGCUUGGUUCAGCCAAACUGUAGUCAAGUUUGUGGGAGGAUUAGGUCUGUCAUGGCAACUAUCAUUUGGGAUUCUAGUACUUUUGUAUUUCUACUCGCAUUACUUCUUUGCAAGUGGAGCUGCUCAUAUCGGUGCCAUGUUCACUGCCUUCCUCUCUGUAGCCACUGCGUUGGGGACUCCUCCAUUCUUUGGAGCCAUGGUGCUAUCAUUCCUGUCCAACCUCAUGGGUGGUCUUACCCACUAUGGAAUUGGCUCGGCUCCUGUAUUCUAUGGAGCCAACUAUGUGCCCCUUGCUCAAUGGUGGGGCUAUGGCUUGCUUAUCAGUAUCGUUAAUAUUCUUAUCUGGUUGGGUCUUGGGGGUGUUUGGUGGAAAGCUAUUGGCUUGUGGUAACAAAAUUAAACUGCAGAUUUUUGUACACAUAUUUUAGUUGAGGCCAAUUCUAUUCAUCUUUUUUGUAUCAUUCUUUUUUAGAUCCAACGAGUGUAAUUUUUUACAUGAUUUUUUGACAUGAAAAUCCCAUGUGUUUCCAGCAAACAGUGAAGUCAAGUCGAAUCAAUACUUGAACUUUCUUUUCAUCA